GAUGGCGAUACUGUAUACAGUAUGUUGUAGUUUUAUGAUAUGAUUUGAUAAUAAAUAUUGAACAUCAUCGUCAUUGACAACUAUUCACAUCCAAGUUUUGCAAACAUUCCAUUCUUUUGAUCAUCAUCCGAACAAUGUCAUCGAAUAAACGUGGUGUACUAUUUGUUUGUCUCGGUAAUAUUUGCCGUUCCCCAAUAGCUGAAGCUGUUUUCAAAAGUUUAAUCCAAAAAAGAAAUGUAACUGAUGAAUGGUUUUGUGAUAGUGCAGCAACAGCUUCAUAUCACACGGGUGAAUUACCGGAUCAUCGAGCCAUUGAGAUAUUGAAAGAACGUGGUUUGACUACCGAUCAUAAGGCUCGUAAAUUGACAAAAGAGGAUUUCACAAGAUUUGAAUGGAUUUUCGGUAUGGAUGAAAGUAAUAUUAGUAACAUCAAACGAAUGGCACCAUCUAAUUCAACAUCAAAAAUUGAAUUACUUGGAUCCUAUGAUCCUGAAGGUCAAUUAAUUAUUGAAGAUCCAUAUUAUCAAGGUGGCAAUGAUGGAUUCAUUGCAAAUUAUGAUCAAUGUUUACGUUGCUGUAAAGCAUUUCUUGAUAAAAUGAAUGAAUUGAAAUGAAUUGCAUGAAAAAUUGUUUUUCAUUUCAGCAAAUUUAUUUGAUUGAAUUGAAUUUACAUUGUAUUACCUUGAGGUGUUUGUUUUUUAAUCUGAUUGAAUAUAUCAUUAUAUUGAUGGAUCGUAUCCACUGGACCAUACAAUUCA